CCUGCUGCUAAACGAUCUGCUCCUAAACAGGAGUCCGCCGGAACGCGCCGGCGAUCUGGCCGCUUAUCUAGCACACAAGUAAAGAGCGCCUAUUUUGAGGGUUCAAGUGACGAGGAGGAGGAAAAAGAAAAAGCAGUUUCUGGACGCAAGAAGCGUGCAACUCAACCAAAGAAGAGAGCCAGACAAGCAGAGAGCGAAUCUGACGGAGAGCAAUACAAAGAAGAGUCGGAAGAGGAAGCAGAAGUACAGCCGAAAAAGAAGUCCCGUGGACAUGAAGACGAUAAGGACGAUGAGGAUGAAGAUGAUGACGAUGACGGACCAAGAAAAGUUGAGAUCAUCCCGUUGGAGAAGCUGAGAGAUACGGGAGGCGUAGAAUACGAAGAUCACAAGGUGCACAACAACACCAUGCUGUUU